AUGCCCAUGUUGGCCAGCAUCCUCCUUGGUUUCCUACACCUGGCAGCAGGUCUACAGACGUAUAUCUGUCCCCGUGGAUACUGGGCCGCCAAAGUGAGGUCUUCUUCCCCUGGUCAGAGCAUUGGGGACUACAGCAGUGAUCGAGAAUUCAGCCUCCCCUACGGACCUAUUGGAAAUGCGCCUAUAUGCCGUUUUUGUCCCGAUGUGAGCUGUUUCAUCAGGAAACUGAAGCACGAGGUGACUAAAGACAAACCAGAAACAAGACGACGACCGCGUCCACACCAGACACAGGCACAGACGACCACACCCAUUGUUCCUGCUAUUGAUGACCUUUUUACCGUCUUCGACAAUACAACAUCAACUAAGGCUCCUGAAACGCACGAAGAGGCUGGUGUUCAGAUGUCCUGUACUAGAUAUGCGGAUUUGCCAUUCCCUGAGGAGAUAAUUACAUACCUAGACUGCGUACAGAUCGGACAAGCUGAUCAAUACUACCUCUUCAUUUAUACGCCAGUGAAUAAAGAGAACGAAGUGGAACCUGUUGAUUGCAUUGAUCCAGAUUUCCUGCGAUGGGUGCCCGAAAAUGUUUCAAUAAAGAGCAUAGAAUUGGGUUUUCCAAUGAAAAGAUUGCCGCCGUACUUCUUUCGAUACUACGGGCGUCUACUGAAGGUAGGAUGUUUCAAAGGCACUGAGGGGUUCAGUUUCGCAAAACUUAUUAUUGAGGCAGUGCAAGUACAGAACACAUGAAGUUUGCAUUUAGACAGUUUUCAGCAUUACGUUGUCAAAAUUGUUGAUUUGGAGCAUAUGUUUUAAACUUUUUUUGAAAAUCUACUCUACCAAACGUUCGUGGACAUGCACCUACCUGGAUUUAUUCAAAACUCUAUGACGUAGUCUCUUCAUAAUUUCGGACAAAUGUAUGCACACGUAAGAGUGCGAUAGUGCUCCAACUACAGCAUAGUCGAGGUCAUGGUCCGCAAAUUGGCCUCAUUGUGGUGAUGCCUACUUUUAGACCAAGCUGGAUGAUAUUAUUUUAGAGAAAAUGAGGAACCUGAGAUAACCACGUUAACUAGCUGAUAUUUUCUUCAGGUGGCUCUGCUGUCGACUGUCAACGACUGAUCUUCACAACAAGACCAAGCUGAAUUUUUAUGCGUUUCCAGUGUAGUCGACCUUGUCCACUAUUUAUUAUUACGCCUGCUUCCAUGAUUCGUCAUACCCGUUUAAAAGUUGUGAUGGAGGUGAUAAUUAUUUGACCAUACGGGACUGUCGUCUCGUCUGCGUGACUUAACUGAAUCUGCGGGGGUACCUGUUCAGCCUUACGACUCAUCAGUUCCUUUUCCGGAUAGAACGCUUUUCAAGGCUUUUCUGACCGCCCUUUUAUGAAGAAAUGACUGAUACUGCUAACUGGUCACCGAUAAAAGUAAAAACCAGUGUCUCCCAAACAAGCACGUUUAUGUGGGCUAAGUCCCUUAUAGCUUAACACGAACUUCCAGUCAUUUGUAAAGCGCCUUAAACUAGGAGCUCCGACGGCCGAAAGAGACGCCUCGAUGAGUUACCAAAUGUUUGAUCUAUGAGGAAUUCCCCACUUUCAAAAAUUGCAUAGAGUCAACCUCAUCUAACCUGCCAUAAAUUUAGGCAACUCCAAGUUUCGCAACUUUACGAAUAUGCUUCUCCGUCAAUGGUAAUCUGAAGGAAAAUUGUCAUUGAAGAUAUUCGCUGAUCACCUUUUUCUUCAGAAGAGACAGUUCUCAAAGAUUAACAAGAAUGUCUAGGGAAACACUUUUCCGAUCAACGCUUCCACUGAUUGUUUAGAGUCAACCGCAAAUAGCUGUAUUCCCUAUCAUAACUGAGUCUGUUAGGUAACUCAGACACUACUUAGUUACCUAGACAUCUCUCCUUCAUGUCCUCUUAUUUCUGUAUCUAGUCGACGCAACAAGUUUGCUUCGACUCAUCCGCUAUUCAGAAUAAUGAGAUUGACUACCACGACAUGCAGUGGCUCGGUGGAAAGACCCUGGUUCAAGUUGUAUUUCGGCAUGAUGGCCUGCAACGCAACCGGAUACCACCAAAACAGCCUGAAACCACAGCACCGACAGCUACCAACAGUACUGAAGAGGUUGCCGAGUGUCCUUCCUUCGCUUUCAACGAAUUCGCUCAAACAUACCCGGACAAGGAUUGUCGUUAUAAAACAGCGGCAAGUUUUAGUGACUCUAUAAGUCCUGUAUUAUUUUCUUUUUCCGGUCAUGAUGCUUAGUCGACAUUUUCUCCAGUUCUUUCCUGGGCGCAGGUAGAAAAGUACGCCGAGGUCUGUGCUGUCUGUAUUGGCACGUCACAACUCCACUGAGUGCAGCGGAAAGGUGUGAGAUAGUGUAAAGGUACUGUGCCAGUGAUAGUUCAAUGUAGGUGUUUAAAGCGUCACCCGUGCUCAGGCCUUGCCCUUGCUGUCCUGAGUUGGAAUCCAACCGAGCUUGCCGAGUUUUUCGUGACUGGGUCAAAAUGAAUUACUCGAAAUCUACCGAAACACCUAAAAUUUACUAAUGUCUAAGUGAUCGGAUGAUAGGCUAAAACAUACUUCUUUACGCAGCAGUCGACAAAGGGUCGUAGAUAGGACACGCAAGAAAGGCUGCAGUUCCACACAAAAUUAACACUUAUCUGUUUUUUUUUCCAUCUUAGUCUUAUAAGGUUAAUAGGCGAAGCUUUUGAAAUCCCUAUAAAACACCGAGCCUGGCCGGAAAUGACGUUAAUCCACAAAAAUGAUGAAAUUAACUAAGGCUAUGGGAAGAGACGUUAUGAUGCGUUUUGUCAAACAGAUGACGAGAGUUCUGCUAGACGACUGCCACCGGCGUCUGCAAAAAUACAAGGCUAUGAUCGAGGAGAAUACAAGAGAGUGUGUCCACACUCUCGGUGAUUCUAUCGCCGCGGAUCUUGGGAAGACGAACUCCGCUUUGCACAUUACAGGCGAGCCCAGAACAGAGAAGUUUCGGAACGGAAACUGACUAAGCUAAAACCAUCAGGCGCGGAAAGCUCAAACUCGGUCUAUAACCGCUCGUCUAAACAGCCAACAGAGCAGCAAAUACGAGUGUUACGGCCUGAGACUUGUUUCAACACUGCAGAUGCCAAUCCUGUCGACUUCAUUGUAGCCCUGGAAAUUGUAGCCCUGCGAAUUGAAACAUCCGACGACAAAAAAACCCUCCGUCCGACAAGGUGUUACCUCCUUGCUGAUGACACACAGACUAACCCAAUGUAUUUCACAGAGUGAGUCAAAAGCUAUAAGAAAACUGAGGAAGGACGACAGAAUUAUUCUUCUGCCUGCUGACAAGGGACGAUUAAUUGUCGUGGUGAACCGAGAAGACUAAAAUGAAAAAGCCACAAUUGAUGGCCGGUCUCGUGAAAUGUUGGCUGAAAUUCUGAAAUGUGUUUUUGAUUAGGAAGGAUUACCUAGGUCUGGUUCUCAUACUGAUUAUCAAGCAGCACGAUUCUAUCUUAUUUCAAACUCGUCUGGAUGAUGGUUUUCGAAUGCAUUUCUUUUCAGCCUCCUGUAGAAACUGCACUCGGUAGAAAUUUACACAUUAGUUGGCGUACGUUUUUCACAUUGGUUUGCGAUGGUCCUAUAAAUUCAAAUAUAUUCUCUAGAAAAAGUGCACAAAAUGUGCUUUCUUUUACUCGUUUGGUAACGGAUCACAUCGUCUUUACACCCAAAGAAAGGAUUUAGUUUGGUUUUAAAAUGGUUUUCUCACUCUCGGAUAAUUUUGAGUCUGAUCAGCUGCUGCAUUAGCGUUUAGCGAUUUCAGCCUAUAAGGUGUAUGCUUUUCCGCGUAAGGAAAUCAUACAUUCCUCUAUGCGUUUGAGAAGAUAUCACAGCGAGUUUAUAAAAUUCUGCAAUGUAUGCGGACUAUGCUGUACAUUUCAUGAGGAGCAUUAACAAACGGACAGGUACGAUGCUGCAUGAAUCGACAUUGCACGGUCUUGAAAAAUCUCAUAAUUAGGAACUUUUUUAAAACCGAGAGACAUCAUUUUUUCAAGCACAAAAUGUGAAGACAACGUGAUUUGCUACCAAACGAGUCGGAGGAAACAUAUUUUUGUGCAUGUUUUCUAUAGAAUAUAUUUGAAUUUAUAAGACCAUCGAAAAAGAGUGCAUUCAAAAGCCAACAUCCAAACGAAUCCGAAAUAUUCUAGGAUUAUUCCGCGUGGCAAUCAGUAUUAAAACCCCACCUAAGUAAUCCUUCCUAAUCGAAAACGCACUUCAGAAUUUCGACCAAUAUUUUAAUAGAUUGGUCACUCACCGUAAAACCCUUCUUGAUGACAAAGAACUUUAAAGACCAGCACAGGACACACAGGCCAAAGGAGUGCGAGACCGGCUGAAUAAACUGCUUAGAGGAUACCGGCACAAAAGUGGCAUCACGGAGAAUGAAUGGCACUAAAUUAAAACACCUGCCCCGCUUUAGCUCGUUUCUAUUGUCUGUCAAAAAUACAUAAAGCAAGUGGCCCACUGGGGCCAAUUGUUACCCCAAAAGGCAGUCCCACUUACAGUUUAUCACAGUGGAUGUAUUCAAAACUGAAGUUACUCCAAGACAAUUCGACUACCUCAGUAAGAUCAGCCCCUCAAUUCCUCAUAGACCUCCGGAAUCGGAGGAUUCAGUCGGACGAAAUCCUGGUCUCCGUCGAUGUGACGUCGUUAUUCUCAUCAAUCCCAACAAACCUAGCGCAUGAAGUCUUCCGCAAGAGACUUGGGCAGGCGUAUGACGAGACUCAGAGUGCUCUCAACAUUGAACACUUCAUGAGGCUGUUUGACUUCUGCCAACAAACAUUCUUCAGAAAAGCAUUUGGCGAGCAUGCGCUUGCUUUCGAUAAAUUCUCAUCGGAACCGUAGAUUUCUUCACUUUCGUUAGAGAGACCUAUGAACAGACCAAGGGAACUCCAAUGGGCUCACCGGUUUCUGGUUUAUUGGCAGAACUGGUCCUACAGGAGCUAGAAAAGAUUUCCUUCAUUCCCCAUAAGGCGGUAUUUUGGCGCCGUUACUUAGACGACACGUUUGUCUUCGUAAAGAAGGACAUGCUACAAUAUUUCAGCAGCCUGUUCACAAGGGAAGGAAAACAGGAAAAACAUUUACCCUUCCUUGAUGUGCUCUUCAGACGAAACCUUAAUGGUGAACUUGAAACGACGGUUUAUAGGAAGGCAACGAACGCCACGCAGCUUCUCAAUUUCAUAGCAGCCACCCGGUGGCUCACCAACGAAGCUGCGUGAAGACGCUCUUCAAACGGAUCUAAACUCAUUGCAGCAAAACGGAGGAAAGAGCACGGGAGGCCCGUUAUCUCCGCGACCAUUUUGUGCAAAAUGGCUACCCGAAGGCAUACAUAAGUCGCUGCCUAAGCGGUUGCCCAUAGAGGACCGAAACAUCAACACCACCAACCAUAUGCCAUACAUUAGGACGUUUCAGAAGCGACCGAGCGCAUUUCUGCAGAGUUAGGUGUUGAAAUUGCACACCAACCCAAAGCCACCAUAUGCAGUAGGGUCAUGAAAAUUAAAGACCGGUUAAAGCCGGAGGAGCAAUCUGGAGUAGUGUAUCACAUCCCCUGUCAAAAUUGUCCUUGUAACCACACAGGCCAGACUGGAUGCAUGCGCGGAUCGCGCAUAAACGAACAUGAGCUUGGCUGUACGACGAGGCGACGCAUUAUCACAAGUGAUCGUCCACACCUACGAAAUUGGUCGUAAGUUUAACGUCGCAACCACCAAAAUAGUCGCCCACGCCGGAAACAAAGCAGGCCGAGAGUUGAUUGUAGACUGUGCCUCGGAUGGGAGCUGAGUCGGUCGAUUUAUCGAUCUGGUGCCGGCGUACAGAGGCCUGCGCAGUCACAUCCCGUCUUCCGCCAUCAAUCGGUGAUUGGCUAACACGCCCUAUAACAGUCGCUUGUUCCGUUGCUGCUAAUAUCCCUGACGAUGGACUCCCGCACGAGUUCGAAAGCUCAGAAGAAUAAAACAGAAUGUUCCGGUGCUCUAUCACCCUCCUUCUUCACCUAUAUAUACGCCUUGAACUCGAACGUUCGUCUCCACUUGUAAAUUAACUACUUUUCGGUUCGUCGCCAGCUCAACUAAUUUUCGGGGUUUUUCGCAAAUCACAGAUUACUGAAGAGCAUUCGGAAUUUCCAGUUACAUGUUUUGAUCGCACACAUUUUGCCUUAUAUAAGCCCCGUCGGAUCUGUUGGUUGUCAAAUGAUCUUUUUGACCUUAAGCCCAUCUGAUUAACUGGAGUUCAAUGGGCGACUCAACUAUCUUUGUGCAGGCGCGAAAUAUGAACUGAAGAGAGUCAAUUCAUUGACAGUCAGCCAAGUAACGUAAGAUAUUGUCGUAAGUGGAAUCAAAGAGGCUUAGAAAUCAAGUCAAAAUAAGUUCACAACAGAAGACAAGGGCGUGAUCACUGGAGCGGUAGCUUUAUUAGCCUGAGCUUUCGAACUCGAAUGGCAGUUCAUCACCAGAAACUGUUGGAAUGCAACAACGUAUGAACAAGUACACGAUAGUGCCGUGAGGUUGAGGGGAGGGAUGUUGCACCCGUGGCUAGGUCUGGUUCGCGCAACCUGGCUCGGGAUGGUUUCAUGGCGUAGUGACAGAGUUUGUCCUUGGCGGAGGUAUGAGCCGUGCCACCUGGCUCCGUGGGCGUGGCGCGUGAUAACACUGGGGUAAGUCAAUAUAUCUAUUGACGGGGUUAGUGUCUGACGCACACGCCUCCAACAGUUUCCGCCCCGUCUUGCUGCCAACUCGCAUCAGCAUCCGCGUGCUGGCGAAGACGAACCCAUGGCCUUCCUCUAGCGUGUGAGUAACGACUUGAUGCAGGGGGUCGCCUCUCCAAACGACUCGUUUAUGCUGGAGUAUUCGGGGGCUGAGACACAGUCCUGUUUGGCCAGUACAAUGGCAAGGGCAGCUAUGGCACGAGAUUUUAUAAACUACACCCGAUUGUUCACCUGUGUCUUGCCUAUCCUUCAUCUUCAUGAUUCUGGUACACAUGGUAGCCGCCAGACGGUGGGCGAUGUCCUCGCCUAACUGCGUUCAAUGGCCUCGGACACAGUCUUUAUGUACGCUAGCGAGUGCCAAAUCGUUGGUGUCUCUCUUCCAUUUUUCCGUCGCGGAUGCGUACGUAUGCAGCGACGGAUGAAAAUCUCCGGACAGCCGUUCUUUGCCAAUUGACCCCUGAGAUACCGUAGUUCUUGUACUUUUCCUUGGGGCUUGCUACAGUGACUUUUUACCUGACCAAAGACAGAUCUAACAGAGCUCCGUUUGUGCACCACCGGAUGAUUGUUAUGAUAGCUGAGGACAUGGAUAGUGUUAGUCGCCUUUCUACAUACUGUAGUGUUGAGUGCCAUCAGUUCUGCAUGUGACAAGCACGUCAAGGCGGCGCGAACCACGGACGCAACCCCCGCCCUCACGGUACGACUGUAUAAAUGUUCACACGCUGUUGCACUCCACCAGUCCUCUGAUGCAGAACUCCUGUUCGAGUUCGAAAGCUCAGGUUAAUAAAGCUGCCAUCCUAUCAAUCAUGCCUUGGUCUUCUUUUGAAUAAGAACCUGGGAUGUGCAUAUUCUCUUCCAUUUGUAAGUCUACAAUGGUUAAAUGUGCGAGGAAAACCCAAACACUGAAAGACAACUUUAUUUGCCGGACAUCUGAGACUCAUACAAAUACAGCUCCUGACAAAGCAGUAUAUAUAAUAACUAACUGCAUCAUGAGGCAAGCGGUAGAAAGUACAGAGUCGGACGCCAUGAACCAUUUAAUUAAUUGAGAGCUAAACUAAAAGUAAAGUCUAGGAAAACCGCUCGUUCCACCGAAGAAGCAUAGACUAGUACAAAAAAAAUUUGUCCACACUAGGCCUGCGUAUCAUCGUGUUUCAAUUCAAAACUUUUAGUUGUCGAAUAGAACCGUAACGUCUUUAGCCCUAUUUAAAAUGAUUUAUAGGAUGCUGCCAAGGUCGUUAGCUCACACCUUCUGCCUGCCUAUUCUUCACUUCCAUUCUCUGCCGGCGGAGACUUCAAACUCUGGAACUAUCUUAACUUGAUUAUGCCUCGGACACCUGGCCUAGUCGUACGCUCAAAAAUUAAUGUUAAUGAAAACUUCAAGUUUCAAUCCAACUGUGCCUGGUAAUCUACGUGGAUUCAUAGCGUACAAGUUAACAGCGAAUAGAGACUUAGAACGGUCGGACAUUUCGACGUUAAAUGACCAAAUACGUCCGAAUGAGAUUGCUCAGUUAAAUCUGCGCUUCUGUCUCCGCGUCCAAGCUAGUUGUUCAACAGCGCAUUUAAUGCUCUUUGUGCUCACAGCUGCUUGAUCAAAGCGACAAACGUUAAGACAGGGAAAUAGAAACCCCCGCCUCUCCCCCGUUCAUACAGGUGGCCUUGCGCAAACUUCCAGGAAGCGUUAGUAUUCCCAGCCAUGGCUUGAAUUCAAAUCUUAACCUUAACUCUAGUCUCCCUGGAAAUGAGCGCAAGGUCUCUCUUUCUCUCUCCCUCCCUCUCUCUCUCUCUCUCGACAGGCGGGUUCCUGUUCCCAUGUCUUGCUGGACACAUUUCCUCGUUAGCACCCGUUCAUCAUUUAUGCUGAUUGGAAUGGCCAAAAUACACCAUACGGGCCUUCACAUGAUCACAUAAAUGGCAUCUUUCGUCUUUUUAUUCACUUCAGCAAUAGAAAAAGACCAUUGAUUUGUGCCAGUCAAAACCGCGCCUCUGCACCAGCACAUGCUUUCAGUGCCACAUAAGCACCUGCUGAACCCUUAUUCCAACAACGGGUCUGCAGCUAACCAGGCCGGCUACAUAAACUUCAGUUCAAGAUUCCAUAUGUGGAUUUAUGCGGGCAGAUCAAUGCAUGGGACCGAAACUGGCUAUGUCUUCGGUUUCGACUAUGCCUUGUCUGCGCAGAACUGGCCGUUCGCUUCUCAAACGUGUCCAAAAGCCCUCAUGAGAGAUGCCGUGAUGUCACAAAAUGAUAACAUAUCAAAGUAAACAAGAAGUUGGGAAGUGGAAAUUUGGUGAUAUCGUGAAGUUAAACCGCAACAGAAGUCAGCCGUGAAUGGACGGUAUUGAAUUCUUCACUCCACUAGCAGGCCGAAAGCAGUUGCAGAUUCAGGUGGCUUCAAAAUCACUAAAUCAGUUGAGAAACCCCGACAUCUACCGCAUAAAUAGCUACAGCAAGACUCCAUAUUUACGAAUGCUUUACCCAAGUCUAUUGCUCGACAAAAAGACGGAUAGAGAAAAUCGCAUGGCUUAUUAGGCUAAGAGAGGGAUGUAUAUGAGACUGGUCUCAAAUAUUUAAUGACACUCGGACAUCCUGCAGAAUGACUUGCGAAGUCAUUUCUUUGUCACCUCCAUCGAUCGAAGGUGUGUGGGGCGUGAAUACCAACUCGCGUACUAUCACGAGCAGCUCGAAUGCCUUAUACUUUAGGACUGACUAAUACCCACCUCCCUCACGCAAAGGCAAAGUUUCGUCCUAUUCUAAGCUACGAAGUGCUUUGUGGCCACUUCUUUUUGGCAGAAAUCAUCUAUGCAGUGCUGUUACGUCUGGAGAUAGUGGCGUGCAAGCUGAGACUCUCGCAGAUCCACGUAAGAGCUUACGAAGUUCACUGUAGGUCCGCAUUUCUGGAAUUUGUGUCAGGCAGACAAAAUUGAUAAAACGCAAUUUGCUGUGAUCACAUUCAAGAGCAACCCACAAGGAGCAUUAAAAUAAGUAUAUCCGGCGUAGGCGGCGGAGACCUUCUAUACGGCUUGUUGAUCAGUCGGUUGACGGCAGCCAACAAGGUCCUUUAGUCCAUGCCGUGGAAGGACUUAUCACUCUCAGGGCAAACGACCGAGUUAGAUGCUGUUUGGGCGUUAGGACAGACCACACUCGAAUAUAGGAGCUACCAAGUGUCAAGAAGAACAUGAAGUAGUCUCAAUCUGUCGGUGGGGGCUUCCAUCGGCAGUCAGCUUCAGGCCUUAGUUACUUAACGAUAACUAACGGUGGUAUAUGACUUCAGUUCAGACAAAGGAAUUGUCUCAGCCCAAUGUCAAGAUCUUCCAGUAUAGGCCAAUAACCAGGUAGAAUUGGUAGAUGGAUGCAGCGGACUGAACAUAUAUCAGUAAGCUUGGCGGAUCUGCAUUUCGGGCUUCGGGGUCGGGUAGAGUUUUGUUGUGACAAUGGAUUUUACACCGUUUGCAGCGUGUAAACGCCAACUUCCUAACCCUCGUACCCUUCCCCAUGUAGAGCUAGGCAAACCUGUCUGCAAAAAUCUGCAGAGAUUCUGCGAUUUAGGAACGGGAAUGAACACUCCGAGAAGCGAAGACAAGUCGAAAUAUCGAAGAGGGAAAAAUAAAUGACCGGAUGCGAUGAAUAAUCCGGGUAGUAUGGUGUCGCCGCUGGUGAUGAUGUAUGGAACGCCUGAGAAGUUAGGGGGGGCAACGUUUUUAAUGCUGAAAACUCGAUCUGAUAUUGUGCAGAGGCAACUGCUCUGAUGUCGGUCCCCGUUUCAAAUUAAGGACGGAGAGGGAUGGCCUCUGAGAGCAUCAGACAUCGAAUGUUUCUUGUUGCCAGGCUGGCAGAUGCUUGAAAUGAACUGCGAGCUGAAGUCCAGAUAAAUUAUCCCCGUUGGUUGUACUUGUCCAAAGUGGACUUUAUCAUGAAGCUGGAAGACAUGUGCUCGGCAAAGAUACCAAAACGGUUGGCUUCCAAGUGCUGUCUGCAUCACUUCUAAGCAAGAUAGAUGGCCAGGAGUACAGAGCCGAAUCUAUUGUAAGUGACAGCAGGUGAAGACUCCUUAGGAAAUAAAGAGAAGUGUUGGUUAGCCCGUGAGUUGUAUUAAGAGAACCGCUACAACUAUGCCACUGCAGACAUUUCCAAUGGAGAAGAGCUUUGCAGAUGAUGUUGGAUAAGCCAAGGAUCUUGUAUCCUUCAAGACAAUGACAGCUCGUGAAAAUCUUUGGGGCCUGAGAACAAGUUAAAUAAUUAAAGCAUGAGGUACGUACAGCUUGGACGCAGGCUACGGAGGAAGCUGAUUAUGUCAAUAAAACACUGUUAGUGACAUUCCUAACUUGGCGUUGGAAGGUCAAGAAUGACGGGCCCUUGGAACAGAAGAAUCCCGUUUCAUGCCAACUUACCCGAAAACCAGCGCAUCCUGACGAUGACCAGUCAAUCAGGCCUUUUGAGGGUUUAACGCCUAACCCGAUUUCGUAAAGGCGAUUAAACAACUGUGUUAGACGAUAUUGAUGGUCUUCUGUGUCUCUGAUAGAGAUCGUCCAUAUGAACGAAGGAAUAUAUAGCCUGUAGACAGCGACCGGUUAUAUAUGUUUCACAAUAGACGGUUAACGAAGCCCGGACCAGAGGAUGUCCCAACCUCCCCUUAUGUCACUCAGGGGAGCGUGCAUCGACCACAAAAACUGAAGUCUUAUUCCUCUUAUGUGCACUCAGGAAGUGGCUACCUUUCUAUUAUCUUAUCCUGGACGUACACACGGCUGAUAUUUUGAACGCCCAUCGGAGUUAUCCUGACUGUGUUUAGAGUUUCAGGUAGGCAGUAGAACGAUCAAAAACUUCGUAUUUUGUGCUAUUACUUUAUAACUUCUUAUAUUCCUCUUCUGGCUAUUGCAUUAAGCAAAAUGUCGAAGUUAAUGCUGAGAAGCACUUUUUGCAAGCAGGAAAAUUCUUUAUGUCAUCUUCAUUGAAUUAACUGAUGAACAUCGUAAAUGGGCAAUGAGUGGGAAGGCUAUCGUCUACAUUUUUCUAUUACUUUUUCAACUAACGGUGCAUGUAUCUAUCGCAUUUUCAGUUAGGGUGGCUUGUCCUUAUUCCUUCCAGAAAUUAUCUGAAUUUUUUUGCCCCUUCAGCGUUAGAUUUAAGGUUAGAAUUUAGGUUGCCUUUAAAUUUACGCGUUGCACUUGAAAUUUUUGCUAUUAAAUUUUAGCUAUGGUACUGGUUCGCGCCUUUUGGUAUUAUGUUUCUGCAAUUUUUGCCCUAACAUCGUGAGACUAAGUGGACAAUUUCCAGGCCUUCGACGAGCUUUUUUCGUAUUUACGCAAAGUGCGCAAUUCCGGUAUGUGAAGUGUGAAUCUUAACUGAAUCCAUUGCAGCAGAGCUGCCAAACACAACGUUCAUAUCCAUAAUUUGCUCGGCCAAUAGAGCGUUGCUGCAUCAUCCUCCACUGGUCGCCGCCGUAGCAACGAGAGUUCCUGCCCACGGAAAAGCCCGUAUACGUGUCUUAUCUACAACCAGAUUCUUACACACUAAAGAUCCUAUGCGGAGAAGGGAGCACCGAAAAAAAAACAAGGGAGCGUUUCCAUCCCCGACCACAACCGGCAGGACAAUGGGCCCGUGACUUAAUGGUAGAACGUUGAACUUCAAAACGCACAAUGAUCAAAGAACGCGGGUGCGAAGUUCAUGCCAUCCAGAAUUAUAGUUGGGUGUGGCUGGCUUACGACGAUUAAUAAGCCGCAAAUGGACAUCCCGGGCACCCUGUCUUCGUUCGUACCCCCUUCUCUGCAUAUAUCACUUGUCGCUAGGCAACUACUAGCGAGGGCUCUAGAUUAAGCCACAUGGGCUAAUGGGAAGGGCAUGUCGCAUAAUUUUAUCGGUUACUGCCCUUUUUCUAUGUUUAAGAUCACGUAUAUUAAUAUAUUAGCUGACUCUGCUCAACUCUUCGAGGUCGCGCAUUAUUAGAGACCAUCCUAUGGGGUUUGCUGAGAAAAUGAAAUACGUAGACAAUUCGUCAAAUUUUGAUAUUUUGCAUGACUUCCUCAAUUUUAAUCAACCUCUACGGACCCCCACAGGAAAAUUGCCUGAUUGGGCUCUGUUUUGUAUACCAGAAAAAAUGAGUGAUUAAAAUAUGCGAAAUCCUCACAUUAUCCUCGAGAAGGGUAGGAAGACUUCGACAAAUAAGUCAGGUUGGCGGAGGGCUCUGAUUGUAGCCAGAGAUUUUGACAGAAGUGACAUUUUUUCAAAACCAAAAGCAAUCUAUUUACGUUUGUUUCAUGUUCGACAGUCUGCCAGUUUCUGGCUUAUUUGUAAUGGCAUGUUAGGCCGACAUAGUAACGUUGGCCUCACAUCUAAAUACGAUAAGUAAGAUAACAGAAAGUAGACAAAGUUGGAGAUUGUCCCUGAAAUGGAAGUUUAACUAUCCCUAAGCCCGUGGUUACCUUGGUUAUAAAAUUGGCGAGGUUUAGUUCUGCGGCCCCACUUCAUUGAUACCAUAUGGUUAGCUUACUAAAACAAUUUUAGUUAACAUACCUAGCUUAGCCACUCGCUGGAUUAGGAAGGGAAGGACAGCUAAAGCAGAGCUCGAAACACGCGCAGUGGAGCGAGUGAAGGUGGCGUACACACUCUCCCUCUCCCCUCGACACAGUCACCCGCUGGAUUCAGAAGAUAGGGGGGAGGGGGGGAAGCAGUCACAACUGGAAGGCCACUGAGGGGACCGCGUGGUAAUUCGCAGUGCAUGGGCACUGAAGUAGAACCGACGAAGUUCCCCACCGUCGGAAUCAUUCCAUUAGCAAGUCUACUUGGCCAUUCGCUGGAUUAGGAUAAUGAAGAGAGCGUGUGCAGCGCUCGAACCACGCAGAGGGAAGCGCGUGUGAGCUGAUAACUGAGGUAACCGAGACCGGCGCAUAAGCACUCCUCCCCCCGUAGCACAGUCAUUCGCUGAAGUAAAAUGGUAAGGAAGAUGCAAAUACGUGGUAUUUGUAAAGUCCGUGUAUUUGUAUCUAUCAAGAUUUUUUUAGAAAACAAACCAUGUGAUAUCACUCAUGUGGGGCUGCAGGAUCAAACAUCGCCAUAAAAAAUUAUAACAUCAAAUUGUGAUGGUCUGCUUUAGGUUAUGCCAUUGAGUGCGACAACUAUAGCCAGGGAGGAUGUGAUCAAGAACUGUACCUGCCAGCAGUGUGUCUACGAGAAACCUGUCAUCAAGGUCACACGAUCCGAACGCAACCUCCUGCCGGUACCGCGCUACGUGAAGACGCUCCUGAACAUGGCUCUCCUCACCCUCGUCCUAGUGCUCAUCUUCGGCACAGUUCUGGGCUUCUGUGUGCAAAAUCGUGACAAGGCUAUGCUCCUCUUCCUCACACGCAGUCGCAAGCGUCGCAUGGAGGCGGCGCUGGCCGCAGAGGCUGCCGAAAAAGCAGCCAAAGAGGCGGAAGAGAACAGCCAAAUAAACUGGCAUCAGCAACUCUUCAAUCGCUACGCCAUGGCCGGUUUGGCAGGGGGUAGUGGUCUGGCCUUUGGGCCAUUUGCAGGCCGCAUUCCCCUCCCCACGCAAAACGACCAGACCGCAGUGACCCCAACAAGUCGCAGUCGUUAG